ACCACGGCUUCACCAUUGCUUCCUCUGGAGGGCCUCAGCUUCCUGGUUCCCUCAAUUCAAUUCAGAUCACCGUUUCAUUUCCGUGCGCAGUUGGAGAUUUUAUUUGCGUUCAUCCGAUUGAUUUGCGGUGUGAAUUCGGCUUCUCGUCUAACCUUUGUCCAGGCCCCCACUCCGACCAAUCACUCUCCGAGCGCCCCCCCCCCCCCCUCUAUCUCAGAUCCUAGAGCGGGUGUAUCCUUGUUUCAUUCCUUCAAUAUGGCCGAUUCUGAAGAGAGACCUAUUCCAUUCCGCGCUGCCUGUGAGACCAGGCCGUCCAGCUACAAGGACGGAGCUACUAGCAAAAAUGGGCGGCCCAAGCUCACAAUCACCGAGGAUGUUUUGGAGAGGAGAAGGCUAUCCAAGCGGAGGCAAAACGCUCGGUGGGCUAUCCAACAAGGUGCAACACCAAAUGGUGUUUUGGAUGUGUCCUCUCGGGAAAUGCAACCUCCUGGACACUCCAGUAAUCAGUUAAAUGCAGCUGAUGGAGGUGAAGCUAGCAACGCAGGGAGUGGAAAGACAUUUACAAUGCAACCGCUUCCACUUAAGGCAUUCGAAGAUAUAUUAAGGCUAAUGCACAAAAAUGACCAGAACCAGGCAUAUCAGUUGUUUGUCAGUUUCUUUGAAAUAUAUGGAGGAAAGCUAUUUGAUCUUUUCAAUGAUCGGAACUGAGCCUGUCAGUUUGAGACUCUACAUAAUUACAUAAUAACUAAGCAUCGUAACCUUGAACAUUAUGUUUGCAGAAAGCUUUGUAUAAGGGAAGAUGGGAAACAACAGGUCCCCAUUGUGGGCUUCCAGGAAUUUGGAGUACUACAUGUAAAUACAGUCAAGGACUUAAUUGAGAGAGGCAAUUCAACAAGAAGUACAGGCACAACUGGUGCAAAUAAGGAAUUCUCUCAAUCACAUGAUGAAUAUGCCAACUACUGCCAUUUGAUAGUGCAAGGUUACAAGGACCAGGUUAUAAUUGGAGUAGGUUUCUAUGAUCAUGCUAUACUGCAGCUUGCUAUCAAAAAAUUAUUGAGGAAAUGGAAUCAAAGCAUGCUUGUCUUGUUGGCAAGUAUGUAUACAGAUGUGCCUCUGUUGAUGAUAGCAAGAUGCCAAGGAAGUCGUAGAAAAAAUCUGAAGAAGUCAGAAUCUACCCUUUUUCUUGGAUUUGGUCUGGUGGAACACUUGUAUGCUGCCCAAGUACUCGUGAAAGUAGAUAUCUCAUCCGAAAGGUGAUAAAAGUUAUGCAGAAGAUAAUGAUUCCUUUAAAGUAUCAUGUGGGCUAAAUUGCUCCGCGGAGUAACAAUGCUUGUCAAUUUCUAUUGUAGAAUGGAAGGCGCUGAUAUUAAUAAAAGUUUAUGUGCACUAAAUGAAUGCAUUAGACCACUUGACAGCGAUCAGGGUCAUAUUCCCUUCAGAGGGAGUAAGCUAGCUGAGGUUCUUAGAGACUCAUUCUUUAGUGAUUCACACACUGUAAUGAUAUCAUGCAUUUCCCCGAACUCAGGAUCAUGUGAACGUACUCUCAACACAUUAAGAUAUGCUGACAGGGUGAAGAGUCUGCGAAUGGGAACCAGCUUCAGGAAAGAUACACUGUCAUCAUCACUAAACAUUAAAAGCUCAACAGCUUUGCCUUUGUCUUCACUUUCAACGACUGCACCAGCCUAUUCAGAUAAACCUAUAGAUGUUAGAAGUAACAGGUUCAGGUGCUCUAAGCAAACUGAAAUGGAGCCUUCUGAAUCAUUCACACAUGAACGUGCUCCUAAUGGACGAGUACAAAGCAGCUCAACAUCACAGGCCUUUCCAGAUAAAUACAAGGGUCGGCCAGAAAGUCCAGAUCAUACAGUUGACGACUAUUUUGACCACUACGAGGAAACUUAUGAACAAAACGAGCAAUUUCAGACAAGGAAUGCCAGUGAAACAAUGCCAGGGAAUCGACAGUAUCUGAGGCUAAGAACUGACAUUCAGACGAAGAAGGUGAUGUUAUCCUAAAGGAAGAGAAUGAUCCUGUCAAUGCUCACCGCAAACUCAUAGAAGAGAAUAUGGAUAUUGCUGAUAUUGCAUCUCUAUUUGCUUUGGUGGAGCUUGAGUGAUAAACUGAUAAUAAAAGCUCAUCGGUGCUUCCUAGGUGAUAAUAAAAGCUCAUCCGCCAAUUCCGAUGAUUCAAUCAUUCAACCACUCAACCACAUUACCGGGUAUAUCCCAGUUACACGCCAAAAUUGCUGGUUUGGGUUUUCAUAAAAAUCAAUGAGUCUCGCUGGAAAAUUCAAGAAUAUUAUGACCAUUUAAAUAUGAUAACAUUUGCGAUAAAUGAACAAAAUAACAAACCAACACUGUCAGAGGUUGGAUUUCACAUCGAAAAAGGCCCCAAUUUUUUGGUCAAGUGGUUAAUCACAUUUUCAAUCCUAAUAUGUCGACAAGCGCCUCCAAAUAGCUUAUGGAAUGCUUACAACCUGGAGAGGUGCCUCAUACAAGAUUUCUGCUUUAUGAAUUAGAGAGGUGUCAGAUUGUUUUUUGUUUCAUCAAAGUGCAAAACUACCUGUUGCAAAUAGUCUGCUUUUGGCCGAGCCUGGAAAUAUAAUUCGUAUCAUCAGAGGAUUGAUU